CAGUUUGGGAGCCUGAUAGUCAGCUGUUUGUUUACCUUUUAAUUAACAAAAAAUAUAUUAAAUGCGCUGCGCUGUAAGAAAUUGCGGAAACAACAAUCGCAAUUGCAAUAGAACGAAAUGGCGAUACUUUCACUUUCCCAAAGAGGAGCCAAACCUGCAAAGGUGGAUUGAUUUUUGCCAGCGCGAUAAUAUCAACCCCGCCACAGCCUGCAUUUGCAAUGAGCACUUUGCACCCGAUGCCUUUGAGCGAAAUAUGCAGUACGAACUGGGCUUCAGCCGCAAAAAUCCAACCAAACUGAAGCCCGGCUCCUUUCCGAGUGUAAAUAGACCCCAAAAGUUGGCGAAGGAGCUGCGUGGAAGGAUCAAAAAGGGCUCCUUAGCUGGUUCCACGAGAAUGAACAAGAUGGAGUCUAAAUCACUCCUGGAAGAAACGCAAUCGUCGGAAGGUCCCGAAACCAUAGAAAUCGAACUCUGUGAUUUUACUGCAGAUUUUGGGGGCUUCGAAGAAGGUUCGUCCAGAUUGUACGAUAAUAUCGCAAAACCGAUCAGUGAAUCUGAAACGCUAGCGAGCUCCCAAUCAUCUGAAGAUGCCGACUGUCCGUCAAAUCCCAGGCACUGGGAAGUAGAAAUUUUGGAUCCCCUCAACCCGCCGUCAAAUGCCAGGGAUCAUGUGGAGAUCAUCGAUUCGGAAGGGGACAACUAUGUAAAGCACUUGGAGCUUGAAGUAUGCUCCCUGAAACGUGAGAUAUUCUUCCUCAAAGACGAACGCCAAAAGCUAAAGGAUGAAAUUCGUGAUCUCAAGGACACAAUUCAAAAAUCAGAAGUCCAAGAAAUCGCAGAAAAACAACUGCAAAUUUUUGUUAAAAGCAACGAGAGGUCUCCACAGGUUUAGAAAAGGCUUUUUAGAUAUCUGCAACAAAAACAUAAUCUUCAACGACUGACUAGCUUGUAAAAUCUGAUUGAAAACAUUAAACGUAAUUAAAUGUAGAUGUAGUGCGUAAUAAUAAACUAGUACAUGUGCUUAAUCCAUUCUGAAUCUGAACCCAACUUUAAUAAAUAAAUGAAAUGAAAAUUUGAUAAAUAACCUUAAUAUUUCAAUUGCCAGAGGCUCAUUAAUGCUUUUAUACAUUUGUUUUAAAUAAUUUGUAUGUUACAGGAGAAAUUUUUGGAUGUUGUAAGCAUUUCUAGUUGCUCAUUUACUUUAGAAAUGGAAUGCAUACGUUGCGACUUGGGUGAAAUCCUUAACAAUUUCUUGUCUACCUACAUAGCCACUUACCCACACCUUUUCCCUGCUUUCUAUCGACUUGAGCACUUUCCACAAAAUCAGCGGGCACUCAAAAAGGUUUUGAAGGUGUUCGCGUUUAUCUUUCCUGGAAAUUUUUGGGUAAUCGCGGUGUGGUAAUAUUUGCCAAGGUCAAAGUCAUUACGACUCUUAUCCAGUAAAACUCGGAAUUUCGCCUACCUGCAGGAGUAUAUAACGCAGUGGUCGACUGGGAAUCGACCUGCACUGCAAGCGAUGUUCUCCGACCGACAACAUCCAUCGCGGACCGACGUCGGCUCCUGGUGGAGCACCACGCAUCCGGCGCUGGAUUGUUGAGGCAUCAAAGGACGAGAACGACGUCGAACACCACACAUCCUGGGAGCAGCUCUAAGGAUCCAAUCUUGAAGACAUUGCAGUGACAGCAAAUUAGCCGAAUUUAGACAAUUGUAAAUUCUAGUUAAUUCUAUAGCCAAAUUGUACAUUUUAGUUAAUGUCCCACUUCGAUUGUAUAUACACAUCAUCAACACAAUUGUAUAUAACUAGUUAGCCAAUUUAGUCUAAGUAGUAAAUUGUACAUAGCAACCCUAGCCAAUUUUUAGCCAAUUCAAUAGACCAAUUGUACAUACAAACAAAAUGUAGAUAAUUUAACAAGUUUAGUAAAAUUUUUAGUUCAAUUAUACAGAAUUAA